GCGAAAACUCAUAACGAACAGCUGGUUCCGCACGCCGUCGACGGCCGUACGCUCAAAAGCCCGCAAUGUCAACUUCUUCGACAGCUGCCAAAAAAUCUCCCACUACCACCCCAGUAAAGAAAGCGUCCUCGUUCCAGUCGCUCAAAACCCCUUCCUCGUCCGACUUGAACGCUGAUAAGAGUGCUGCGCUGGGGACGCCUUCCCCAAAAGGGUCCAUGAGCAACCUAAAAGGCGUUUCGUCCAAAGUUGGGAGCUUGGAAAAUAUCAAUCAUACCCCCAAAGGCGGACAAAAAAAGAUAUUCAACGAAAAGAAAACAUAUAAUGUCACUAGCAAAAUUGGGUCGCUUGAGAAUAUCAACCAUGUCCCCGCUGGCGGCAACGUAAAGAUUACUUCCACUAAGCUGGACUUUGGCUCCAAAGUGUCCCCGCGCGUUGGAAGCUUGGAUAAUGUUAAUCAUGUUCCCGCUGGCGGCAAAGUGAAGAUUCACAGUGAGAAGCUUGCGUUCAAAGAAAAAGCUGCUCCCAAGAUUGGCAGUCUUCCAAAGUCGAACAGCCGGAAGAGUCUUAAUGGAUCGGACAGCUAGGCUAGUUACGAUGCACUCUACACUGCAAAAAUGAUAGUAAAAAGACAUUAAAGACAUUUUGUAAAUUCCUUUGUAAAAUCAUAAUACACUUGCGUUCAAUUCCCUA